UUAUUACACCUUAAAUUCAGGUAAGUUUGUCUUAUCGACGUAUACAUUAUGACCAUCAUGAGAAGACUUAAAGUGUACUCUGCAAUCAUCGUAUGUACGGAUAUAGUAUUGUGAGAAGAGUACUCUAAGGAAUGUCAUUGAUGAGGGAUAGUACAUGGACCAACAGAGAAUGUGCCUGAUUCUCAUUGGUUGUCAGUCAGAAAAAUGGUUAGUUAGUUACCAGGUCACUCGGUCACUUCACCAACGGCGCCAAAAUCAAUAUGGUGGUAUGACGAUGUAUCAUGAAAUGAAUUAUUUGGUUUUUCAUGUUUUUCUCCUCGUCAUUUUGACACAUGUUGUAAAGCAAUGAAACAUUAUUUCAUAGAAAAGUGUUUGUAUUGAAGUGAAUAUGAACAGACAAGCUCCAAAACCAAACAAACGAAACAGAAAAAAGACCGUUUUGAAAGAAUGUCCAAAUCCCUUAUUUCUUAAAUGGUUGGAACGUUGGAGGGAUGAAGCAAAAGUAAACGAUUCAAAACUGCAAUAUGUCUACAAUAAGGCUAUUAGUUCUUUGAAGAAGUAUCCAUUACCUUUGGAAAGUGGCAAAGAAGCAACAAUCCUGGAUGGUGUUGGACCUAAUAUCGCAAAGCGUCUAGAUGAAGAAUUAAAGAAACAUAAACAAAAUGUUCAAAAUACAGUUGAUGUUGCCUUAAGUACAUGUGAUGAAGAAAUUGUCAGUGAUGUUAAAUUUCCUGAUUGGAGGGUACCACCUCCUUUUGACGAUGUCAAUGUAAUAAACUUUAAUGGUUUUACUGGAACAACUGUUGAACCUCUGCCUAAAAAGAAAAGAAAAUCAACUUCAAGAGAGUACAUUCCUGUGUACAGAAGUGGUCCAUAUGCAAUAAUGUUAGCUUUGUUGAAAGCCAGCCAGAGAAUUGGCAACAAAGGAUAUCUGACAAAGUUAGAGUUACAGCAACAGGCCCAGCCAUACACGGAAACAUCAUUUACUGUGCCAGAGCCUGAUUCUUACUACACAGCUUGGUCAUCUAUGUCGACUUUGUUAAAGAAAAGAUUUGUCUCAAAAUCAGGCAAUCCAGCUAGAUUUUCACUGACUGACGCUGGUUUUGUUCUUGCUAACACAUUAACUAAAGCAUCAGAAACCGAAGAUAUUGCAAGAUCACCAACAUCUCCAACAUCUCUUCAUAUUUUGCCACCUGCAACAAGCGUUGAUUCCAAAACCCUUACAAACAACAAUUCUUCUACUAAGGCGGACACGAAACAAUCCUCUAUUGUAGUUUCCUCACAGAAAACAGACAGCUGUCUUACUUCAAAUUCUCUUUUAGCUUCAAAUAAUCAAAUCUCAUCUAAAGCUUCCGACAAAAAAGUUGACACUGAAGUAUUGCCUAUUCAAUUGGGAUCACUGAAGUUUUGGUACGUCAAUAGUGACGGAGAUUGUGUGGAUCAUAAGGAUAAAGCUGCUGUUAUUGUUGAUGACGAAUUAUCAUUUGGCUUUUUGAUAAAAUGUCGAAAAUCUCAACUUGAUGCCACUAAAGUGAAGUAUAAGGUUGACGAAUCCAGACCUGGAAAAAAUGGCGAUGUUUUUGCAUACAUAGAAAGCCAAAGCAUUCAACAAUUAUCACAAUCCCUUCAAAAACCUCGUAAUACAAAUAAAGUUUCUAGCAGUGGAAAGAUAUCUGAGUCGACAACUGUUUCUGAUGACGAUUAUGAUAGUGACCAUGAAAUAUGGAUGAAGCCUUUAUUUGAAAGACUUGUAGCAACAAAUAAAGAUGUUGUGACUUCAAUUCUUCCUGCAAAUUCAACAGCGAUCUCAAAGACGACAAAAGAUGAACUAGAUGACAUAAACAUUAUUGAGCGUCCACAAAAACGUUUUUUAUCAACACCGUUGUACGGCUCAAAAAGUACGACAAGCAAACAACAUUUGUCGUCAACGACUGACUUUGUCGAAUCUUAUUCAAGAUCAAUAGAAAACGAUGUGGUCUCAAAAGAAAUAAGUUUUACUUUACCAUCGUCUUCAUCCGUCGUUGAGCAAACUGAAACAUUAACUGUGACAAACGAAAGAAAUUGUCUAGACAACUUCGAGAAGGCAAUGGUGCCUCUAUUCGAGCUCAAACCCGGAAACUUUGAAAUUAUUCUUUGCGUUGACCACACUGAAACAACUGGAGGUUCAAAAACAUCUCGAAAAGAGGAAAUGGUUAAAGAACUUCAAAAGAAUGGUGUGCACUUUGAUGUGCGGAAAUUAAACGUUGGUGACUUUCUUUGGAUCGCUCGUGAAACCUUACCUUUACCUGGUCAGUUGACUCUGCCUGAAAGAAGAGAGUUGGUACUUGAUUAUAUUGUCGAAAGAAAACGUAUGGAUGAUUUAUGUAGGAGCAUUAAAGAUGGACGCUUUAAGGAACAGAAGUUUCGAUUGUUGAAAUCGGGUUUGCGUAAUCCUGUGUAUCUUGUAGAAGAUUUUGGUUCAAUGAAUUUCAUGUCAAUGCCAGUUAAGACUUUAGAACAAGCAAUCGUCAAUACUCAGAUUGGUGAAGAUUUUUUUGUUAAAAGAACGCGAGACAUCAAAGAAUCUGCUGGAUAUCUUACAUUAAUGACCAGAUAUCUACAGAACAUUUAUGAGAAACAAACAUUGAAAGCAAUAAAGAAAGAGAACAAGGAGUUUGUAAAAGUUGACGAUGAUGAUGUGAAUGUUUAUUUUAUGACUUUUACUGAACUUAAUGAUAUCUCUAUUAAAAAUAAAAUACUGACUGUUGGAGAAUUGUUUGGUAAACAAUUGUUGCAGAUUCCUGGUAUAGCUGUAGAGAAAGCUCUUGGAAUAUUAAAACAUUAUCCAACAUUUAUAGAUCUUUUGGAAGCUUAUGAAAAGCAAACGAGUGAGAAAAUGAAAGAGGACAUGCUCAGUGAUAUUAAGUUUGGCAAAACGCAAAGGAAAAUUGGACAAUCAGUAAGCAAAACUAUGUAUCAACUUUACUGUACAAAAGGAGCUCUUUCCUGAAAUUAUUUCAGACAAUUUCUACCUCACUAGAUAGAAAAGAUAAGUCAAUAUAUAUUUUAAUGAAAUAUAAACAGAUUAUAAAUAAUAUUUUAUAAAUUUAACACCAUUUUAUGUAAUACAUUUUGUUUUUGUUUUAAACAAUCUUUUUUCUAAAUCUUGUUUUCUCUUUCAAUAUCAAUAGCAUUACCCAAGUGAAAUAAAUCACAUUCUUGUGCCA